GCGGCGCUGGCUGGCGGAGGGAGUUCCCGCUUGCUCUCUGUCGCUGUCACCGCCCUGUUUCUCUAGCCGUAUGGUACGCCUGUGAGACCGGCUGCCGGCUGACGUCUCCUUGCGAUGGAGCAUAUCCGGACGACCAAGGUCGAACAAGUAAAAUUACUUGACCGAUUCAGUACCAGCAACAAGUCAUUAACAGGAACACUGUAUCUUACAGCUACGCAUCUAUUAUUUAUCGACUCUCAUCAAAAAGAAACCUGGAUAUUACACCACCAUAUUGCCUCAGUAGAGAAACUUGCUUUGACUACUUCUGGAUGCCCCCUUGUGAUACAGUGCAAGAACUUCAGAACUGUGCAUUUCAUUGUUCCCAGAGAAAGAGAUUGCCAUGAUAUUUACAACUCUUUGCUACAACUGUCAAAACAAGCAAAAUAUGAAGAUCUCUAUGCAUUUUCUUAUAAUCCCAAACAAAAUGACUCAGAACGACUACAAGGCUGGCAGCUCAUUGAUCUCGCUGAGGAAUAUAAGAGGAUGGGAGUGCCAAAUUCACACUGGCAGUUGUCUGAUGCCAACCGGGACUACAAGAUUUGUGAAACUUACCCCAGAGAACUUUAUGUUCCCCGGAUAGCAAGCAAACCAAUAAUUGUUGGUAGUUCCAAGUUCCGGAGCAAGGGAAGAUUCCCAGUUCUUUCCUACUAUCAUCAAGAUAAGGAGGCUGCCAUUUGUCGAUGUAGUCAACCACUCUCUGGAUUCAGUGCCAGGUGCCUGGAGGAUGAACAUUUGCUUCAAGCCAUUAGUAAAGCCAAUCCAGUCAAUCGCUAUAUGUACGUCAUGGAUACCAGGCCAAAACGUCGCAUGCAGAGCUGGUGGGCUACACAAAAGGACAUUGGCAGAAUUAUAGUGAGGAUUUCUUCAAAAAUCCGGAAUGAUGAGAAAAUAAGAGAAAGCAAUGAGAAAAAGCGACUGAAUGCAAUGGCCAACAGAGCAGCUGGAAAAGGUUAUGAAAAUGAAGACAACUAUUCCAAUAUUAGAUUUCAGUUUGUUGGAAUUGAAAAUAUUCAUGUCAUGAGGUCCAGCCUUCAGAAAUUAUUGGAAGUCAAUGGCACUAAAGGGCUUUCUGUCAAUGAUUUCUACUCUGGUUUGGAGAGCUCGGGAUGGCUUCGCCAUAUCAAAGCUGUUAUGGAUGCUGCAAUCUUCUUGGCCAAAGCAAUAACAGUUGAAAAUGCAAGUGUGUUGGUGCAUUGUUCCGAUGGUUGGGAUAGGACUUCCCAGGUUUGUUCCCUGGGUUCUCUUUUAUUGGAUUCCUACUACAGGACAAUCAAAGGAUUCAUGGUUUUAAUAGAAAAGGAUUGGAUCUCUUUUGGACAUAAAUUUUCAGAGAGGUGUGGCCAGUUGGAUGGUGACCCAAAGGAAGUCUCACCAGUGUUUACUCAGUUCUUGGAAUGUGUGUGGCAUUUGACCGAACAGUUUCCACAAGCCUUUGAAUUCAGUGAAGCAUUUCUUCUUCAGAUCCAUGAGCAUAUUCAUUCAUGCCAGUUUGGAAACUUCCUUGGAAAUUGUCAGAAGGAAAGAGAAGAGCUCAAGUUGAAGGAGAAGACUUAUUCCCUGUGGCCAUUUCUUUUGGAAGACCAAAAGAAGUACUUAAAUCCUCUCUACAGUUCCGAAUCUCACAGAUUUACAGUUUUGGAGCCAAAUACAGUAUCUUUCAAUUUUAAGUUUUGGAGGAACAUGUACCAUCAAUUUGAUCGAACACUGCAUCCUAGGCAGUCUGUAUUUAAUAUAAUUAUGAAUACGAAUGAGCAAAAUAAACAAUUAGAGAAAGAUAUUAAAGACCUAGAAUCUAAAAUUAAACAACGCAAAAAUAAGCAAACAGAUGGCAUCCUCACCAAGGAAUUGUUACAUUCAGUUCAUCCGGAAUCACCUAACCUCAAAACUUCCCUGUGUUUUAAAGAGCAGACUCUGCUACCCGUAAAUGAUGCUCUUCGAACUAUAGAGGGCAGCAGCCCGGCAGAUAAUCGUUAUAGUGAAUAUGCAGAAGAGUUUUCUAAAUCAGAACCUGCUGUGGUCAGCUUAGAGUAUGGUGUGGCAAGAAUGACUUGUUAGACUCAUAGAGUUUUUUCUGCAAUGAUUGCAGUACAAGAAAAGGAUUAUUGUGAGGAUUGUCUGUAAGCAUAACCAAAAGGAAUUUGUCUAAUAACAAUUUUAGGGUUUAACAGUAGGCUAAUAGUUGAAGGAAGGAUAAUAACUGCCCUUGUGAGAGAAAUAAGUCAUUUUAAUUGCAUUUCCAGCAAGCAAUGACAUUCAGUUCUGUAAUAAAUGAGUGGUAUUUGAUGUAUUUACUCAAAACACAAUUUGCACUGUACACUAGUGAAUUGACAUUUAUGAUUUAUGUUAAUUCAGCCAAACAUAAAUAACCUUCCUUAAGUACAAUUUAACUUCAAGAAAACAAAAUUUGACAACAUAGUUUCUUAAUAAAUGAUAUGGCAUGUACUUUCAAUUAUGUAGCUUUGUAACUAUGAAUAUUUACAUAUUUUGCCUUUUAGUGAUAUUUAAUGUUAAAGUGCCAUGAAAAAUAUUUCUAAGAAAGCCUUAAAUUCCCAGUGGAUUCUUUACCCUUAAGUUUUACAGCCUACAACAAGAUUUUUUGUUUUGUUUUUCUUCUGGUCAGCCUUGUUUUGUUUGUAAAGAAUUGUGCUCUCAUUACUGCUGGGGUUGCAUGCUACAAUACUUCUAUAUAAACACUUGUAGAAGUACACUGUUCACGUUUAGCCUGCCCCACUUUUGUAUUCAAAAUUAAUGAAACUGAAGGUUUAUUCUGAUCAUAAUUUGUUUAGUGCUACAUUUGAUAAUUUAUUAUUUACAGCUUAGACAAUAUUGAUUUCUUGAAUACGUAUAAGCACAUUUGACUGUCUUUUAUGUAUGGAUUACUGCAUUCCAUUGAUUCUUAUUUUGUGGUUGGCUUUAUUUCUUUCACAACUGUGUAAGUUUAAAGAGCUAAAGCUCUAAAACUGUUCUUAGAAACAAUGAAUAGUACAUGUAUAUGUGUAUUUUUAAACUGCCUUAUUGCUCAAUGAGUUGCUGUUCCUGGAGUAUCUAACUUUCAGUUUACUCAAAAACUUUUGGGUAAAUAAAAAAGGGAAGUACAGAUAGUUUAGGUUGUGCAUGGUUGCAUGAAUUUUGAAGUCAUUUCUAUGUGGAGCAUUAUUUUUCUUCUUGUUAAAUAUAGAAAAAAAAGAGAUUCUAGUACAAAGUUACUGUUUAACAAAAGCAACAUAAACUCUGGGAAAGAUUUCAUUUUGCCAUGUUAUAUUUACUGUUUAUUCUGUGUACUAGUACAUAUCUUUAAAUUACCAAAAAACAAGAAACAAAACAUAAAAACCCCAAAACUAUCACUUGGAAUUAGCAAUAUCACCCAACUGGCUUUAAAAUUGAAAAUUUAAAUAACAUGGUGGCAUGAAGUACAAUUCGAGUAUUAGGCAAUUUGCAUAGUGUUCCUCAUGCUACUUUCUGUUACACCUCUAUUAUAUUAGUUUUGAAUAUAAACAUCUUUUUCAGACCAAAAAAAACUUUAUUGUAUGAGAGCUUAUCUUACCCUGUUUAUUUUUCCAAUGCUUUUCUGUAAUACAUUAUGUAAUUUAAAAAAUAUUCCUUUUUAAACAGCAACAGAAAUGCACUAUAAAAUAUAGUAUGUGAUUAACCAAUCCUGCUUCCAUGUUUAAGCACUGGGAAUGGAAACUUAAUCUCUGUGACUACAAAGGGAAGUUUUUGUGCCUUGGUGUUCCAGUCACUGAUUGUGGUUUUAGAAUCUUCUGUGGCUGACUUCUUGUAUUCAACUCUGGUUUAUUAUCUUAAUCUUCAACUUCAGACAUAUAUUUGUGUGUUUAUAUGCUCACAGGUGGACUGAGAAAUCAGUUACAUCUUAAGUGACCUACAGGGUAUAUGUUGGCAAAAGCAGACUGUGUAUAUGUCUUAUAAAGUUGGAUUUAUGUUCAGUGUGUUUGGAAGUGUAUAGCAUGUAAAUUAUUUCAUAUAUUAUUUAAAGGUAAUUAAAUGUUCACAUUUUACUUUGAAUGUUUUUCUUCUGGAUAAAACAAAUGGAAUCAA